AUGGCUGACGGAUUUUUCACAAACCCCAAGAAUCGGAAGAGAAAGAGAACUCAGGAAAAGCCUGGUCGACAAGGAAAACCCAAACCAAGCGGCGCUGGUCCUAAACGAAGCAAAGAGGAAGUUGAGGACGAUGAAAUUCCCAGUGACAGUGACGACAUGGCCGACGAAAUUGAUAGCGGCGAUGAGGAAGACGCAGCAAGCUUAGACGGUGUUGACAGUGACGAUGAUGAGAACGAGACGGCUGCUGAUAAACGACGACGACUGGCAAAGCAGUAUCUUGAAAACAUUCAAUCUGAAAUGGCUGAGGUGGAAGGCUUUGAUGCUGCUGAUCUUGAUCGUGAAAUCAUUUCUAGCAGACUGCGACAAGACGUUGCAGAAGAGCAGGGAGAUGUUUACAAAUUCAUUGCAGAUACCUUAAAGCCGAUAGAUACCAUCAACAAGAAGCUGGAGGCUGGUGAGAAGCAGAGUAAGGUUCGGUUUACACACAUGAAAAGCUACGGUGUUAAUUCGGUAGAUGUGCAUUUCCCAUACGCCUACACGGUAACCAAGGAUCUUUACCUGGCCAAGUGGGAUAUUUCCAAUGUGUUGGCACCAAAGAUUGUUCGCUACGUUAAGGGAAACCACCGCAUUGCCAAGGAUAACGAAGAUUUUAAGGGUCACCGUGACGAGAUCCUGUCUGUUGCAGCAUCUCCGGAUGGUAAGCACGUUGUGACGGGUGGCAAAGAUAAGCGGCUUGUGGUUUGGACGACAGAAAACUUAUCUCCAGUCAAGGUGAUUCACAUUCGCAACGGCCACAAGCCUUUAGCGGUGACUGGUCUCGUUUUCCGCCGCGGAACCAAUGAGCUGUAUGCAAGCUGCUCUGAUCUGAUUGUGCGAACAUUUAACAUUAAUCAUAUGGCUCAGACAGAAACACUAUUUGGCCACCAGGAUCUAGUUGCCGACAUUUCAGCUCUAGGAACUGAGCGUUGCUUGACAGUUGGGUCGCGCGACCGCACAGCUAUGUUGUGGAAGAUUAGUGAAGAGUCUCGUUUGACAUUCCGUGGUGGAGACUCAGAAAAGGUGAUUAAACAAAUUCUGCAGGAGAACAAGACGGGUACUGAUCCCGCGGACCGGACACCAAUAAUAGAAGGCAGCAUUGAUACGUGUUCAUUGAUUGAUGACUCGCACUUUAUUACAGGAAGUGAUAAUGGCAACAUCAGUUUGUGGUCGCUGCAAAAGAAGCGGCCUCUGUUUGUGGUGCGUGAGGCCCAUGGUCGCGACGCUCCACUUACCAGAGAGCAAGCCAGUGCUGAAGCCAGCAAUGUAAAUGUGGAGAUUCCACCAGCACUCCCCCGUGGUAUCACGGCCCUUACAGCUCUCCCCUUUGGCGAUGUAUUUUUGUCUGGGUCUUAUGACGGCACUGUCAAGGUGUGGCGGCUUACAGCUGGGUUGCGAGGGUUUGAGCUGCUAGGUACUGUGGCAGUCCCCACGCAUAAUGUUACUAGUGAUGAUGGCAAUAGUCGGCGGAAACACAAGAAGAAGCAUGCCAACUUUAACGUUGGUGUUAUUAACAAAAUCUGCAUUGUGGAGACCGGUUCAAAGGGCAAGGAAACAUAUGCUGUGCUUGUUGCUGUGUCCAAGGAAAUCAAAAACGGACGCUGGAUCAAAAUUAAGAAUGGCAAAAAUGGGCUCUUGUCGUUUGCUUUAGAAAGAAAGUAG